GCGAGAGAUAGUCGGGGUGGUGGAACCUGUGCCCCAUGAUGAAACAUACUGUGACUCUGCAUCUCUGUUCCAUGUUGCUAAUGAUUACUCAUUCAUCCGAUAUUACACAAGGACCAUUUAUCAAUUCCAGUUUCAAGAAGCCCUUUGUCAAGCAGCUAACCAUGAAGGCCCCCUGUACAAAUGUGACAUCUCAAAUUCCACCGAAGCUGGGCAGAAGCUACUCCAUAUGCUGAGCCUUGGAAAAUCAGAACCCUGGACCUUGGCAUUGGAACGUGUUGUAGGAACAAAGAAUAUGGAUGUAAGACCAUUGCUCAACUACUUUGAGCCCUUGUUUAUCUGGCUAAAAGACCAGAACAGGAAUUCUUUUGUGGGGUGGAACACUGACUGGAGUCCAUAUGCUGACCACAGCAUCAAAGUGAGGAUAAGCCUAAAAUCAGCUCUUGGAGAAAACGCAUACGAAUGGAAUGACAAUGAAAUGUACUUGUUCCGGUCAUCUGUUGCAUAUGCCAUGAGAGAGUAUUUUUCAAAAGUCAAAAACCAGACGAUUCCUUUUGGGGAGGGGGAUGUAUGGGUGAGUGAUUUGAAACCAAGAAUCUCGUUCAACUUCUUUGUCACUGCACCCGAAAACGUGUCUGACAUCAUUCCUAGAACUGAAGUUGAAAACGCCAUCAGGAUGUCCCGGAGCCGUAUCAAUGAUGCUUUCCGCCUGGAUGACAACACCCUGGAGUUUCUGGGGAUUCAGCCAACACUUGGACCUGCUUACCAGCCGCCUGUCACCACAUGGCUGAUUGUUUUUGGAGUAGUGAUGGGACUGGUAGUGGUUGGCAUUGUCUUCCUGAUCUUCACUGGGAUCAGAGAUCGAAGGAAGAAUAAACAAGCAAGAAAUGAAGAAAAUCCUUAUGCCUCCACGAACGUUAGUGAAGGAGAAAAUAAUCCAGGUUUCCAGAACAGUGAUGAUGUUCAGACUUCAUUUUAGAAAAAUCUAUCUUUUUCCUCCUGAGGUGAUUUUAUUGUACAUAAAUGUUAAUUCUAUGGUACAGAAAAUAUGAGAUUAUAAAGAUGUCAUUAAAUAUCAAAACUAUGACUGUUCAGAAAAA